UUCAGAUUAAAACUCAAUCCUCCGGUCAGCAGAUGGCUGGGAAAACGCGCGCGAGGUCUCCAGCUUCACCCUCCUCCUCCUCCUCCUCCUCAACACCGAGCCACAAUAGAUUUGGGACACUCCCCCCGACGCCCGAGACCGCUAUAUAAGACAGGACUCCUGCCUCAACCACCACAAACCACCCUCGACUUUCUCUGAGGUCAGAUCUAAAAGCGAGACAUGACUCCCAACAUCAUGACUAACUCCACAUACCCAUUCAGCUCCAGCAUGACUGUGGCUCAAAGGAAAGAGGCAAUCGAACUGAGAAAGACUCUCAAACCUCUAAUGGAGAAAAGAAGGCGCGCGCGCAUCAAUGAGAGCCUCAACAAGUUAAAGGAGCUGAUAGUCCCUCUGGUUGGCAAAGAUACUUCCCGCUACUCAAAGCUGGAGAAAGCCGACAUCUUGGAAAUGACCGUUAGGUUUCUCAGAGAGCUCCCUUCUUCACCAGUUCAAGCCCAAGCAGACAGUUACAGAGAGGGCUAUGAAGCGUGCAUGCAGCGGGUCUCCGCGCUCCUCCCGCGCACGAGCCUCGACCAUGAAACCUGCGCGCGCGUGCACGACUUCAUCCAGCAGGCGAAGCUCUCGAGCUCACCGGCCUGCCGCACGUGCAGCGCUCGCGCCUCCAGCGCGCUCUCACCGAUCCAGCACGAGCGGCUUCUGAGCCCGAAAUCCAACAACGCCCUUCCAAGUGAAAACCGCGCGAGCAUCACUGGACCAACUUCCGGUAGAGCUCAGGCUGUGCCACAAGCCGCCAUUCAAGCCAUGUGGAGACCGUGGUAGACCUCUGAACACGUCUCCAGCUACAGAUAACGAUUCACUGUUGACUUUGUAUAUAUAUAUAAUGUAUUUAAUGUAUUUACUGUGACAUGCAUAAGUCAUAAGCUUUCAAAACUGGCUUAGAAUGAACAAAGAUAAAAUAAUAGAGCCAGUAAGCACAGAUCAUGGAUAUAGACUUAAUGCAAUCCUCUCUGGGGUGUCAAGACAUACGAGUUGUAAACAACACAAUUGUAAACCCCACGGGUUAUAAUGUAUUUCAUGAGGUUUGCACGAUUGACUUUUGUAUAUUUGGUCUGUGCAAAGAAAUUGUAAACACUGUGUGUUAAUAAGUAGGCAGACCUGAGUGAAGUGAAUGGAUCAAUGUGACAUUUCAAAGUUAUUGUGAAUCAGGCAACAAAAAAAUAAACACAU